UAGCACGAUUCUUGCGCACAUGAGUUAGCUUAUCAAGCUAACCGGCUAGCUUGCUAACCAAAUAGCUUUUGAUACUCAGUUUGAGGACGUUUGUGUUGACAAUAAGUUUACACUAAAGCUCAACGAACAUGAAACAAAUUGAAUUGUAAUGUCGUUUCCUGCCCCCCUUAUAGUUUUAAAACAUCAGGCGCGUAAAGAGUAGAAAAAACGUAUUUUUGUAGACAUGUAUCUCCACCAGCUAACUUGGCUAGCCCUCUUAACGUUCCAGACAUGUCGAUUUAAACGAUACCUUUAGUCGUAUUACUUGUAAGGUUGAUGCAAACUGGUUAGCGUUACGGGUUAAGUGGGACAAAUAAUAUAACAUACAGUGCAACUCUACUGCUGCAAAGUUAGGAAAUACUAAGCGGGCAGUUACUAAUUGUUGCUGGGACCGUUUUGUUGCUUUACCUCGCUGUCAUUACCUCCAAGGCAUCGUUGCUAUAGAGAUCAUUAGACAUUCCAGUGGAGGGUCUAAUUAGAGCUCCUAAUGAGCACUGAAGUGCACGGGCAACACCGCGGUGUUUAGCCACCUCUGUAACAAGACAAGUCUGAAAAAGUGAGGACAGUCAAGCCAUCUCUCAUGAUGCACCGUGGAAAGGAGUCCACAAAUCAUGUCAGGCAUUGCAUUGAGCCGGCUUGCCCAGGAGCGCAAGGCAUGGCGAAAGGAUCAUCCUUUUGGAUUUGUUGCUGUACCAACAAAAAAUCCAGAUGGAACCAUGAAUCUCAUGAAUUGGGAAUGUGCUAUUCCUGGCAAGAAAGGGACUCCGUGGGAAGGAGGCCUGUUCAAACUGCGCAUGUUGUUCAAGGAUGACUAUCCUUCUUCACCUCCAAAAUGUAAAUUUGAGCCACCACUCUUCCAUCCAAAUGUGUACCCAUCAGGCACAGUAUGCCUAUCUAUUCUAGAGGAGGACAAGGACUGGAGACCGGCCAUCACAAUAAAGCAGAUCUUAUUAGGUAUCCAGGAACUCCUAAAUGAGCCAAAUAUCCAGGAUCCAGCCCAAGCAGAGGCUUACACAAUCUACUGCCAAAACAGAGUAGAAUAUGAAAAAAGAGUUCGAGCACAAGCCAAAAAGUUCUCCCCCUCGUAAGAGCAAAGACUUGCUCCGCUGCGGCAGAAGGAAUGGGUUUAACGAGAAUCACCUCCCCGCUCAGUCUCUCAAUGAAUGUGCUCCUCUCACAUCGGGACUUGCUUAAAGACUUCUAUUUAAACUCCACACAUUCUGUGCCAUCCGCUCUCCUCUGACCUAUCAUUUUUUUGUUCUUAAUUGCCGGUUGGCGCAUAAUGCUGGGAGGGCAUGGGUGCUUCAGCACCCUGGUUAUUUCUUUUUAAACAUUAAUUGUCUUAUCUGGUGCAAGGGACACAGCUCGGUACCAGUUUCAUCAACUCAAUGCAAGCUGGCUGUCAUCAGUGUUCAAGGAAGAAAAUGUCUUUUUGUUUUAUUUUGCUCUUUCACAGGGUCUAUUCCUUUGUUUCCCCUUUAUUUUCCAUAAAAUUAAUGUAAAAUUAGCUUAUUUCAUUGUCAGUAUUUCAACUGCUGUAUAAUGAAUGGCACUUUUAUACUGUUGUAUCUCACUAGUGUCUAGAUGGCUCUGUCUAAUUCUCUUUCCCAGGUUUUCUAUUCAGCAUGCUGUAAUAUAUGAUAGAAUCUGCUGCCUUGGCUGUCUUUUUUUGUUAUUCAGAGUGUUUGCUAUGGAAUAAAUAAAAAUGGCCACAUUGACUGAGGCAGGUAGGCUUACUUCUGUAUCAGACUUAAGGUUAUAUGGUGCUUUGUUCAUGUAUGUGUUGGCGUAAAUAAAACUUUCUACAAAACUUCA